GCGGGCCGGACCGUGCGGGCCGAGACCCGGAGCCGGGCCAAGGAUGACAUCAAGAAGGUGAUGGCGACCAUCGAGAAGGUCCGGAGAUGGGAGAAACGCUGGGUGACUGUGGGCGACACUUCCCUUCGCAUCUUCAAGUGGGUGCCAGUGGUGGACCCCCAGGAGGAGGAGCGACGGAGGGCAGGUGGUGGGACAGAGAGAGCCCGAGGCCGGGAGCGGCGGGGCAGGGGUGCCAGCCCCCGAGGGGGUGGCCCUCUCAUCCUGCUUGAUCUCAAUGAUGAGAACAGUAACCAGAGUUUCCAUUCAGAAGGCUCCCUACAAAAGGGCACAGAGCCUAGCCCUGGGGGCACCCCCCAGCCCAGCCGCCCUGUGUCACCUGCCGGACCGCCAGAAGGGGCCCCAGAAGACGCUCAGCCCCCACAGCUGGGCCAGGAGAGAGAUCCCGGAAGCAUCACAGCAGGUGGCACUGAUGAACCCCCAAUGCUGACCAAGGAGGAGCCUGUGCCAGAGUUGCUGGAGGCUGAGGCCCCCGAAGCUUACCCCGUCUUUGAGCCAGUGCCACCUGUCCCUGAGGCAGCGCAGGGUGACACAGCGGACUCGGAGGGCGCCCCCCCACUCAAGCGCAUCUGUCCAAAUGCCCCAGACCCCUGAGAAGCCGACCCGCCUGUCCUAUCGCCCCAGGGACCCCUUUCGCUUUUUACAAAUAAAGGCCCUUUUGUAA